CUUGGACGUUUGUCGAAGUUCCUCAUGGUGUUAGCCGAGCGGGCUAAUGGCUGCGUUUCGUGAAACGGUGGCACGCGCGUUCCGGCUCGCGACCGCAGCGUGUCUCGGUAUUAUGAUGAUUAGAAGAAAGGCUAAAGGCUAAUCCGACCCGGAAAUUCACGCGCGCGCGGCUCUGCACUCAGACGAAAUGACGUCACGGCAGGUUUCCCUCAUGUUACGUUACCAGUUGAUCCAGAAGAACACGUGACCUGUCCUCAGCAGGUGAACUAGCAUUUCAGCGAUAAACCAGCUAACAGGUGUACCUGUACGGCACUAAGAGGCUUCAUCCUCUCACCUGUAAACACGCUGUUCUGAGUGUCACAGCAGCUGCGUCAUGAUCACGUGACUGUAGAGCAGAUUCCUGAUGUUCCUGUGUCUGCGUGAGCUUCCGGUCUCAGCACCUGUGCUGUGGUGUAACGUCUGUGUGGGUCUGCAGCUUCGGUCAGUCCUGAUGGAGCCAGCAGCAGUCUGUGGAAUCGAUCUGGAGAGCAGAAACAUGGGUGGAGGCAGCCAUUCUCCAGCUGACCUGGACAGUCCGUCUCAGGAGGAGGUCUCCGGGUUUCAUCUGGGCAUGUGCUGCUCUGAGGAGGAGAGGGGGGAGACCCCCGGCAGAGAGGACAGUCCCAGCGAGCUGGGGGAGGCGGAGCUGGAACCCGGAGGGAACGCCAAGACCGCAGAGGACAAGGCCUUUGGGAAGGAGGUGGUUCUUCUCAUGCAAGCCCUCAACUCUCUGGCCACUCCUGAGGAGAAACUGGCCGCUCUGUGCAAGAAGUACGCCGACUCGCUGGAGGAGAGCCGCUCCAUGCAGAAGCAGCUGAAGGCCCUGCAGAAGAAGCAGGCUCAGAUCGUGAAGGAGAAGGUCCACCUGCAGGGCGAGCACAGCAAGGCCAUCCUGGCCCGGAGCAAGCUGGAGAGCCUCUGCAGGGAGCUGCAGCGCCACAACAAGAACCUGAAGGAGGAGAACGCCCAGAGGUCCAGAGAGUACGAGGAGCAGAGGAAGGAGGCCAUGCUGCACUUCCAGAAGACCCUGGGAGACAUCGAGGUGCAGAUGGAGCAGCACAGCUCCCACAACGCCAAGCUGAGGCUGGAGAACAUGGAGCUGGCGGAGAAGCUGAAGAAGCUCAUCGAGCAGUACGAGCUCCGCGAGGAGCACAUCGACAAAGUCUUCAAGCACAAGGAGCUGCAGCAGCAGCUGAUGGACGCCAAGCUGCAGAGAAUCACAGAGAUGAUGAAGGAGGUGGAGGACAAGCAGCAGCGGGAGAGAGAGUUUCUGCUGAAGGACGCCACCGAGUCCAGGCGCAAGUGUGAGAUGAUGAAGGAGCAGGAGGCCCAGCUGAAGCAGCAGCUGUCGCUCUACAUGGACAAGUUUGAGGAGUUCCAGAGCACGCUGGCCAAGAGCAACGAGGUGUUCUCCACUUUCAGACAGGAGAUGGAGAAGAUGACCAAGAAGAUCAAAAAGCUGGAGAAGGAGACGACGCAGUGGAGGACCAAAUGGGAGAGCAACAACCAGGCGCUGCUGCAGAUGGCGGAGGAGGUGAAUGUUCAGAGAGGAGAACCGGAGCGAAAACUCUGCGUGACGGCCACUUCAAGGCCCUGCAGGGCAAGCUGGAGCUGCUGGAGAGACUCUGCAGGGCUCUGCAGAAGGAGAGGAACGACCUGAACAACCGGCUCAGCCUCCUCCAGCAGCAGGACCACAAGGGGGCCACGCCCCCCCCAGAGGGCCCCGAGCAGGACGACUCCGAGGGAUCAGUACAAGGGGACGAGCAGGAGGCGUCCAGGCCUCCAGAAACCGACACCAGCACCACAGAACCGACAGCAGGCCACCCUGAGGAAACGAGCAGAACCAGAACCUCUGCAGAGAAGGGUUCUGUCCUGGACACACAGGCUUGAUUGAAAAUGGGAAUUUUCUUUUUUUAUUGUGUUCUUUCUCCUGGUUCUCUCCAGAAAAACCAUUCGUAUCUUUUUGUGACAGAAAAGUUUCACUAAUAAACGCUUUCAAGGAUCCCGUGACUCACCAACAAAGUCGGCGCCACCGGCCGCUUCCUGUUUUUAACGCAUCACUUCCUACAGUUUGUGACAAUGACGAUAGGAAACGUUUGGACCAAACAGCAGAAGGAGGCUGCUGUUCAGACCCCCCUCCCAGAGGGUUACCAUGGCAACCAUGCAGUCACGUUCCACGGGUCUGGAGCGCUGAGGACUUUGCUUUGAUCACAUGCUGAUCCGUCUGCCUUCAGGAGGUCCUGAAUGUAUGAAGAUCAGAGGGAGACCGGCCUUUAGGUUCCUCGCUGUUCUGGAAAACCUUCUAGAACGUCAAACCAAGUGGUGUCGGAAGCCGCCAGGUUCAGAGGCCGACGUACGAGCAGUCCAGACCACAAAGCUUUUCCAGACUCAUGCUCUAACAGAGCCAGUUCCUCAGAACUGCAGCAGAAACCGGACGUCUCCACACAGGACCGACUCCAGACAGCAGCUGGUUGCCAUAGCGACCCCAGUAGGAGAUGGUUGCAGGACUGGAUCUUCACCGGUUCUCUACACGAUCCUGAGGGGGUUGGAGGUUAAGGUCUGUGGACCUGCUGGCCGCCUGUGUGCUGGUCCGGUGGUGCUGUCCAGAAAGACUGCAGCCGUUUGGCCUUUAACUCCCGCCCUGACUGACUCAGGUAACGUCAGAAUCUACCUCUGCAGGUGAGACCAUAGAAGGGCCUUGGCUUUCCCGAGCAGACGCUCCAAACCGCUUCCUGAUUGUACCUUCUUACACUUCUGUCACUUUUUCAAUAAACGUUUUGUAGGAUUUGC